AUGUUGGGAUUACUCCGGCUAUUUCGUGCUAUAUCCGUCUCCUGUAGGCAUAAAAGUAGGCUUUCUGAUUUUUUUUUCUUUGUAGGAUGCGAAAGUAGUCUCUUUUCUGUUUAUAACGUAUAUACACACCAAUUUGUUCGGGAAAUUGGUAAGGAGGAAACCAUGCGUUUUGUUGCAGUUACACUUUGCCGAGCAGUGCCGGACAUACGGGCUCGACUACAAGGUGCGGCAGCAACGAUUGAGACAGAAGCUGCCGAUAAUCCCAAUUUGAACAAAACAACGGACCCGGAUCCUAUCAUGGUUUGCUGUGCGUACAAGAAGAAUCGCUUCUAUCUCUUUACCAAUUCUGAACCAUACUCGACUGAUGAAGGGGAUGAAUCUGCCGUCAGUCGUGAUAUCUUCAAUGAACGACCUCGUAAAGAAGAUCAACUCACUGCUGUUGAGCAAGAAGGCGAGAUCAAGCAUGCCACUGAAGAAGCUGUUUUGCACACUACAAUGGGGGAUAUUCGGAUAAAGCUGUUUCCAAAUGAAUGUCCCAAAACAGUGGAGAACUUCAGCACACAUGCUAGGAGAGGCUAUUAUAAUGGAUUAAUACUGGUGAUCCUACCGGUAAAGGUACGGGUGGACAAUCUAUCUGGGGAGCCGAUUUUGAAGAUGAAUUCCAUCCUAGAUUAA